UUGACGAGAAGGACCUUGAGAUGGAUAGUUCUCAAAGGCCAUUAGCUGUUCAGGUUCAAGACUGUAACGUGGGUCUUUCCGAAUCAACUCCAGAAUUUUCAACUGCUGAAACUGCUAUAACUUAUUCCCGGUACACUCCCUCAAUGUCACGCAAGCAGCUGUUCCCUGAUGUCCAAGAAGAGCAAUUUCUCGAAAAUGAGAGCACAUAUUUUGUUGAUCGUGUAGAUUCUUUCAACUGUUCCAACUUUCUCGAUGUUGAUUGGCUAUCUUCAUCCGGCAACUCCUGUGAAGAAGAAACCUACGAAAGAUCAUUGCUAAUCGGUUCUCCAAGCCUAGGGAUGUCUUCUGGCGAAAUUAAAAUGGAAUCAACUCCAUGCCAUCAUCACUCCGGAUCAAGCUUGAAGGGAAAGGAACUGGCCAGCGGAGACCUCGGAGGUGGCUCUGCCAGCAGCUCUGCCGACCUCUCCGAAUACUCCGACCGCUUUGUGCAUUGGGUCAACCACAGCAACAUGCUUUUCCUUUAAGACUAACGAACGAUUGUUCGUUCCGUGGAAAAAGCGCAGUAAACAUUGGCUCCGUUAUUUGACUUGGUGAAUCCAUCCAAAGGAUGUGGAUCAGUAGGUGACUGAGAAAUAAAUGGAGAAGAAACGAAGCAAGAAGAGAAGGGAUGGAGAAAUUUUGGGUACAGAAAAUUGUACAUUCAACCAACUAAUUUUACCGGUGUAGUAAUUGUUCACAGCUUGAGGAGUUAGUAGAGAUAGUAACACUGCAGUACUUUUCUUUAGCUUUUGAUUUGUAAAUAUUAGUUUCCAUUUUAUCCGUUGUUGGGAAUUCUGUGUUUCGCCUUUCGUGUACAUAUAUUGUUAUCAAGUUUAUUUAUCAUCUUAUGUAACCUUCUUUGUUUUAA